GUUUUCUUUCUCUUUGCAGGAACAUGGUGUGGCGAACAGUGCUCCAGCUCAUCACAGUGCUCAUGAGCCCAUCUGUAAAUGUGGUGACCUAGAUGUCCUCUUCAACUACAAAGCUUCAAGUAAAAACCUAGUGGUUACUGUCUUGGAGGCCAGGGACAUCCCAGACAAAGACCGCAGUGGUGUGAGCACCUGGCAAGUGCACACAGUCCUGAUGCCUAGCAAGAAGCAGAGGGGUAAGACAAGUGUUCAGAGAGGACCCAUCCCUGUGUUCAAGAACAAAAUCACCUUCAGCAAGCUGGAGCCAGAGGAGUUAAGCAGCCAUGCCGUUCGUUUCCGCCUCUAUGCGGUGCAAAAGAUGAUUGGAGAGAAGAUGAUGGGAGAGCAGUUGUUCUACCUGAGCAACAUCACCCAGGAAGGGGAAGCGAAGGUGACAUUGGUCUUGGAGCCAAGGAGUAAUCUGGGCAGCGCGGAUUCUCAGCUUAGUCUGUCAGCAAUCUCUCACAGUGAUAGCGCUUCUUCGACACAGUCCCUGUCGCAUGGAGGGGUGCCAGAGCUGCUCGUGGGAUUGUCAUACAAUGCUACUACGGGUCGGCUGUCAGUGGAGAUGAUCAAAGGCAGCCAUUUCCGAAACCUCGCCAUUAAUAGGCCACCUGAUACCUAUGGAAAACUCUGCCUGCUCAACUCUGUGGGCCAGGAGAUGUCUCGCUGCAAGACCUCCAUCCGUCGAGGGCAGCCCAACCCUGUCUACAAGGAAACCUUCAUCUUCCAGGUUGCCCUCUUCCAGCUCUCCGAUGUCACGCUGAUGGUGUCCAUCUACAACAGGCGCAGCAUGAAGCGCAAAGAGAUGAUCGGCUGGAUUUCCAUGGGUCAGAACAGCAGCGGAGAGGAGGAGCAAAGCCACUGGCAAGAAAUGAAGGAGUCGAAGGGGACGCAGGUCUGCAGGUGGCACACGCUGCUGGAGUCUUAGUGGUUACCAGAGCAGCCUGCAGGUCCUGGGGCCGUGGGCUGCCUUCCCUUGUUCUCAGUCAGCAGAAAACAGCUACGGCAAGCACUGUGCUCUGACAGCUCACGUA